AUGAACUGCACGGUCGAAGGAUAUCCGGUUGAGAGCGUUGAGUGGCUACAUGACGGUGUGCCAGUAUUGACCGCGCAGGAUACAAGGAUCAGAUUGUUGGCUCCCUUAGUGCUCGUAAUAGGCUCUGUUGGUCGCAGGGACAAAGGGAUGUAUCAAUGUUUGGUGAGGAGCGACAAGGAAAAUGCUCAGGCUACUGCCGAACUCAAACUUGGAGAUACGGUUCCGGAACUGCAGUACACAUUUAUCGAGCAGGCGUUACGACCAGGCCCACCGGUAUCUCUGCGAUGUUCUGCUACCGGUUCACCGACACCAUCCUUUACCUGGCUACUCGAUGGUGAACCAUUAAGCCAGAUUGCAACUGGGCACAGCAUUAUAUCGCUCUAUCUUCUAAUCAGGAACUAUGCGCGUAGAUACGCGAUAGGCCAAUAUGUGGAUCAAUCGGGUGACGUGAUCAGUCACUUAAACAUUUCAUCGGCGGGAGCCGAGGAUGGUGGCUUGUACGCAUGUGUAGCGUCCAACACUCUAGCGACCGUCGAACAUAAAGCUAGAUUGAAUAUUUACGGACCACCGUACAUCCGAUCGAUCGGCCCAGUUCGCGCCAUCGCCGGUGUCGACAUUACAAUAGCGUGUCCUUACUCAGGAUAUCCGAUCACAUCGGUCGGAUGGACCCGAGGUGGUGCCGAAUUGCCCUUUGACAUCAGGCAGCGGGUCGACAGCGAGGGUCAUCUUACAAUCCUCACGGUAGAUCCGAAUGAUGCCGGGACUUACACAUGUAUAGUUCGAGCAAGUUCUGGGGAGACCGCCAACAGAGAUAUAUUACUAACUGUUAAUAGUCCUCCAGUAAUGAGUCCCUUCAGCUUUCCCGCAAAUUCACAAGAAGGAAGUCGUGCUCAAGUGACUUGUAGCGUGACGUCGGGCGAUCUUCCAAUUUACAUUUCUUGGUUGAAAGAUGGCGAGCCACUACCUUCUUCCCUUCGCAUCGAAGAGCGAGGAGCUGAGUUUUUUAGCCUCCUCGUCUUCAAGGAACUGUCGUCGCGGCACAGCGGCAAAUACACUUGCGUAGCCACGAAUAGUGCCGCAAAGGUGAACCAUACGGCCGAACUUUUGGUAAAAGUACCUCCUCAAUGGAUAUUCGAACCGUUAGACGUGGCGACUCUUUUGGGCAAUCCGUUAAAUGUCCAUUGCGAAGCCAAAGGUUUUCCACCGCCGCGUAUUACGUGGCUACGUGCCAGAGGCAGAACGUCCAACGACUAUCAGCCGCUAGUCGAUGGUUCGGAUGGUAGACUCACGAUAUUGCCUAAUGGGUCUUUGUGGACGGCUUCCGCCGGUCCGCAGGAUGAGGGUUACUAUCUAUGUAGGGCUAACAAUGGCAUCGGAUCCGGAUUAAGCAAAGUGAUAUAUGUGUCGGUGCAUGAACCGGCGAGAUUCGAAUUUCAGAGUAAAAAUGUAACAAUUCGCCGUGGAGAAUCCGUAACUAUUGAUUGCACUGUGAUUGGUGAUAAUCCUAUAGAGGUGCAAUGGAUGCACAAUAGUGAUCGAUUGGAUAUGAACAAUCACAGACUAAGUAUCGGUCAAAUAAAGACUGAUAACGGCUUGAAGUCCCAAUUAUCUGUCGCAAAUAGUGAUCGGCAAGAUUCCGGAGUUUACAGAUGUACCGCUGAUAACGCUUAUGGAAGAAGCGAACAUUUGAUUUAUUUAGCAGUCCAAGAGAGGCCAGAUCCUCCAGCCGGACUUGAAGUAAUAGAGAUCGGUUCUCGAUCAAUACGGUUAUUAUGGAAGCGAGCCUUCGAUGGAAACAGUCCUAUAAGAAAUUACGUGAUACAAUACCGCUCGCUAAGCCACGGUAUGACCGAUGAUUGGAAUCCCGUUAAAACGCACAAUGUCACGUACACUCCAGGAAGCUCGAGUAGCGGUAAUUCUAUACAUCCAACUCAAAAUGGCUUAUCUCCUUUCGAAACCACCGGCGAUGACCAAGAGGUUGCUUUGGUCGGUGGUCUUCAUCCGGCUGUCACCUAUACCUUCAGAAUAUUCGCCAUAAACUCUAUCGACGCGAGCGGACCUACGGAACCUGUCGUAGCAAAGACUCAGGAGGAAGCACCUACCGAACCACCGCAAAACAUCAAGGUGCAAUCCGCCGGACCUGGAGAGCUCAUGGUCAGUUGGCAAUCACCUCCAAAAGAGUCUUGCAACGGAGAUUUGCUAGGAUACAUAGUGACGUGGUCAGAACAUUCGUCAUCGACUUCGGGUGUCAAUCAAAGUAAAAGUUUAACCGUAAAUGGUUGGGCGACGACAAAGGUGCAGCUAACUGGUUUAAGAAAAUUUACGAAAUAUGACAUUUCAAUCAGAGCCUUCAACAGCAUAGCCAGCGGGCCAGCAAGUGCUCCCAUCGUGGGUACUACACAAGAAGGAGUACCGGAAACACCACCGACUCAAGUAACAUGCGUCCCAUUGUCUUCUCAAAGCGUCAAAGUAUCUUGGAGUGCGCCUCCACCUCAUCAGCAUGGCGGAAUUAUUCAAGGAUACAAAGUCUAUUAUAGGCCGGUACCUACUGAUAACAUGGAUAUAUCAACGGUUGGUGAAGUUAAAAGAACUUCCAGCAUGGAUACUUAUUUGCACACGUUAUAUAAGUACACAAAUUAUUCCAUCAAAGUAUUGGCUUAUACAGGCGCGGGUGAUGGAGCAUUGAGUCCACCAAUCUUCUGCAUGACGGAAGAAGAUGUCCCAGGCCCACCCGCUGGUAUUAAAGCAUUAGCAUUAACAGCGGAAAGCAUAUUGGUUUCCUGGUUGCCGCCGUUGCAACCUAAUGGAAAUGUCUCAAAAUACACUGUAUAUAGCAGAGAAACUGGCUCUAAAAAUCAUAACACGCACACGAUGCACGAACCGCCGUCAUCGCCCACAGAUACUCUUACGAUGGAAUUACGAGAUCUAGUGGAAAGGCAAUUAUACGAGUUCUGGGUGUCAGCAACAACCGGUCUUGGAGAAGGAGAACGAACCACUAUAGUUACGCAAACAACGAAUACUAGAGCUCCCGCUAGAGUGGCGUCGUUCUCGCAAGUAUUAAGAAGAGCUGUAAAAUCAUCGGUCACGCUGUCGUGUUUAGUGGUCGGAAAUCCUACGCCACGACCAAUUUGGACAUACAGAAACAGUCAAAUCAGCACCGGCAGGCACUAUGAGCUUACAUCCGAUGGACACCUUAAUAUACGCGGAUUGGAGCAAUCGGUCGCAGGAAAUUACACUUGUUCGGCUAGUAAUUUAUUCGGUGACGAUUCUAUCACAUAUUCAUUAGUCGUAGUAAUGCCACCCAGAGCACCGUCAUUAGAAUUGCAAUAUACAACAACAAACAGUAUCAGAUUCCGUUGGAAUCAUCCUGACAAUGGCGGCGCUACGAUACAAGGAUAUGUGUUAAGCUACAAGAGGGAUCAGGGCGGAUGGGAAGAAAUCGCCUUAUCUCCUGAACAAACAGAAUUCGUGCUAUCUGGAUUAAAAUGUGGAUCUUCCUACUUAGCGCACUUAACAGCACAUAAUCGUGUUGAUACUGGUGAUCCAAGUCCACUAAUCAGUGCAACAACGAAGGGCACUGAGCCCCUAUUGCCUAAAGAAAGAGAUAUUAUUUCGGCAAAUGGCACAUCGGUGAAAUUAAAUUUAUUAUCUUGGCCUAAUGGAGGAUGUCCCAUUCAAUAUUACACCGUCGAAUAUCGGAGGCGAAUCAAUACAGAACCGUGGAUUUUGGUGGCCAGCAGAGCGACUGAUAACGUUGUGAUUCGUGAUUUAAAAACGGCAUCGUGGUACAGUUUACGUUUAACGGCUCACAACGACGCCGGCUCGACUCAGGCUCAAAUGGAAUUUGCCACGACCACAUUAAGCGGAGUCAGUAUCGGUCCACCUAACGAUUUAAUAAUGGAGGACGAUAUCAAGAAGACUGUGCCUAAUCACAAAGUUUUGUAUGUCAUCGUACCACUCGUCUGCGCAAUCGUUUUAGUCGUUUCCGCGGUUAUCCUGGGUUAUGUCAUGCUUAAACGUAACGGCAGAGCGAAUUAUUUAGGUGAGAUAUUACCAGGACAACAGCAGCAACAGCAGGCUGGAUUAGGAAUGGUUCCACAACAACAGCAUCAGCAACAGCAUCAUCACUUGUCCAGUUGUAUGUCGACCGUACAACUUAAAUCGACGGCUGAACGAGACAACAGACGUAAUCAUCAGGUUUACACUAGUUCGCCCGUGAAACAAGAAAAUCACAAAUCCGCUGAUCAUGGUUCUGAAAUGUAUGAAAUAAGUCCGUACGCUACGUUUAGUGUUCCCGGAAGAGAGAACCGUUCGGUCACAACUGCAACGCUCGAUUACACGAUGCAGUUCAAGACUUUUGGUCAUUUGGAGAACGAGGACAUCAAUACUAUCGAUUACGAGAGAUCCAGCGUGGAAUUCGAAAGGUCGAAAACACCAAGGUGGCACAAGCAACGCUACUUUCCGAGCAUCGCGGAAGCCGAGAGUAAGCUGCGAUCGAGUCGACAAGGUUCCGGGAGCGAUACAUCCGGAAGCCCUUGCGGCGAAUGCGCCGGGCCUAGUUAUAGAGUGCCAGUAAAGCCUUGUAGAGAUGUAUUUUCGCGAGGUGUCGAAUCGAGUACGGAAUCUAACAACGAAGGCUCGCCCUCACUCGCGAGACGACGAAGCCGACAGCCGAGCCGGUCUACUCGCAGUUCGGUAGAGGAUAUGACGCUAUUGCCGCCAAGCGGGUUCAGUGACAGUCGCGAAUUGAGCGACGUGGAGUGCGACCGUGAUCGUGAUCGCGAACGCGAUCGCGAAUGGCAAGGUUUAUCAGCCGGAACUCGUCAUGGCGGCAGUUUGGGCAGACUUCCGAUUGAGGCCGUCGAAUCUAUGCUCGCUAGAUAUCAGCAAAGAAAGGAGCAAGAAAGACAAGAAUUCACUAUACAUGUAUGAUCGAGAUUCGCUGGUUCGACUUGGUAUCUUCGCCGGACGAUUUAACAUUAUUUAGAA